AUGGAUGAAGAAGGCACCUCUGUGGAGAUGGAUGCCUCCCUUCCCCAGGGCAUGUUUGCCCCCAGGGAGUGUGUCCGGUCAGGGUCAAAGGGCACGGGUCACAAGGCUGGGUCCUCGCCCCAGGACCAGGAGGGAUGGGGUGUCCGUUCUGCACUUGCGCUGUGCUCUACUGGACAGACAGAUGGCUACAGCAGGAGGUUCCCAGGUCAGCGGGGACGAGGGCCUGCACCUCAGGAGACACAGUGCACACGCACACGCACACACCUCCCUCACAUCUCCCCUUGCAGACCCGCAGGGCUCCACCUCCAGCUCCAGGCCGGAGGCUGUCACUGA